ACCGAUUCAGUUAUCACUUCUUUAAACGGCUUUCACAGCGGAAGGCGUUGGGUCGAGAGGUGUCCGAGACACUUUUGUGAAACUUGUCACCUUUUAACGUGAUGGUCGAUGUUUGUAAUGAACGGAAAUGGAGUUUUCAGAGCACAUUAAGACGGCUAAUGUGGAGGACGUGGUGCUGAGGGUGGCUUUCCGAGCACCGCGGAGAGGAGCGCUGUGUGUGACCGGACACCACCUCCUGUUCUCGGACAGAGAGGAGGACAGCACCUGGCAACUCCUGCUGCUCCUCAGAAACAUCGAUGCCAUCGAGAAAAGUGUUGAGAAUCUUCUAGGAUAUCCGCAGGGCUCCAAAGCAAACCAGAAACAAAGAACAACCGAGUCGUCUGGAAGCAUCGUGAUCAAGUGUAAGGACCUGCGCAUCCUCCAGCUCGAUAUUCCCGGCAUGGAAGAGUGCCUGAACAUCGCCAGUUCCAUCGAGGCUCUCUCCUCCCUGGAUAAUGUGACAGCAAUGUACCCGUUCUUCCACCGGCCUCGUGGGCUCAGGCUGAGCGACCCCUGGGGUUUAUCCUCUCCGGAGCAGGACUACAGUCAAACAGAGAGGAUGUGGGACAGAUGGAGGCUGAGCAAAGUGAACUCGGAUUUCUCGGUGUGUCCGUCGUACCCGGGCGCCGUGAUCGUCCCGAGCUCGGUGGACGACGACACCCUGGUGAAGGCGGCGCGAUUCCGACAGGGCGGCAGAUUCCCCGUGCUCUGCUACUGCCACCACCGCAACGGCAGGGUGAUUAUGCGGAGCAGCCAGCCCAUGACAGGAGCCAAUAGGAAGCGCUGUAAGGAGGAUGAGCUCCUCCUCCAGGCGACGAUUGACGAAUCGGAGCUGGGUUACAUCGUAGACACGCGCUCCGCCCAGCAAGCCCAGCAGGCCAGGAUGACCGGCGGAGGGUUCGAGUCUAAAUCCUGCUAUCGACCCUGGAGGAGAUUACACAGACACAUGGAGAGAGGUAAGGUAUUACAGGAGUGUUUAAUAAAGCUGGUAGAAGCGUGUGGAGACUCGUCUCACAACAUGGACCGCUGGCUGAGUAAGCUGGAGAACUCCAAAUGGCUGUCUCACAUCCACAGUGCGCUGUCCACCGCGGGACUCGUGGCCGAGUGUGUAGAGAGGGACGGUCACUCGGUGUUGGUUCACGGCUCCGAGGGAACAGAUACCACGCUGCUGGUGACGUCACUCGCUCAGCUCAUCUUAGAUCCUGACUGCAGAACCUUCAGAGGCUUCCUCCGACUGCUGGAGAGAGAGUGGGUACAGGCGGGUCACCCGUUCCAGCAGCGCUGUGCACGCUCGGCUUUCUCUCACGCCCGGCUGAAGUACGAGUGCCCGUCCUUCCUGCUGCUGCUGGACUGCGUGUGGCAGAUCUUGCGUCAGUUCCCUUUAGCGCUGGAGUUCAGCGAGGCUCUGCUGCUCAGACUGGCGCAGGAAGCCUACGCCUCGGACUACGGCACAUUCCUCUGCAACAACGAACACGAGCGACACACUUUGCACGUGAAGGAAAACACACACUGUUUGUUCCGGUUCCUGUUGCAGUGUUCAGAGAGAGAGCAGUACAUCAACCCUCUGUACGAACACACACAACUCGCCAUCUGGCCUUCAGUGCAGCCGCAGUCUCUCCAGCUGUGGAGCGGACUCUUCCUCAGGUGGACAGAACACAGUCAGACGAUGGACGAGGCCCGAGAGGAGAUCAGGAGUCUAGUGAAAGAGCACAGGAGGGAGAAGUUCAGCAGUGAUGAAGCCACACACACACUCCUCACACACCGAGACGUUCUCACGGUCCUCGAGAACGACAUGGACGAGCUGACGAUACUGUGACGUGCUCUCUGAACCAUCUCACUCUGUUCACAUCUCACUCACACCUUAAUUUACAUUUUAAUGUGUGUGUGUGUGUGUGUUUUUUUUAAAGUGUUUUCAGAUCCUGAAAAUAUUUUAUAUCUCAGUCACUUCAUAUAGUUUUAAAGACCACUGAUGGGAAACGAAACCUGAAAACAUUUCCACGCUCAGGGAUCUUCCCGUUAGCCGAGGGAGGAACGGGAAGCUACGAACAUCGCAUUACGUUGGUUUCGGAUUCUUGAGUUCACAAAGUUACCCUCCGGUUCGAAAUGAUGUAAAAAUAAUAAUAAUAAUAAUAAUCCAAACCUGCUGACAUUACUGUGAUUUUCUAACUUGGUUAAAGAAAUAAACUGAGCCACAUCAUUAACGUCAGAUAAACAAACAUUGAUUGACGACUUGGCUUUUAAUCACUCGACUCGAGACUCAUUGUUUCUGUCCCGAGGAUUUUUUUUUAUGAUCAUUUGAAUGUGAGUUAGUGUGGCGUGAUAAGAUUUAAGAGCUGGCUGAUGUGGCGAUGUAACAGUGAUAAAUCGUGCCACAGUACACAUUUCUAAAAAUAAAUUGGAAGUUGUGAGAGUUAUUUUACUUUUUUUUUUUUUUUUUAAUUUAUUUUUUUACAAUUUUAUAUUUUACAAGGGUGUUUUUUUUU